CCCUCUGGCAUAGACGGACGCUCCCGCUAGCUCGAGCCGGGCAGCCCGGGCGCCGACUCUGCUCCGCUCCGCUCCGUCCUCCCGCCGCGCGCCGAGGCGGGGGAUUGCGCGCGAAGUCAUGCAUCCAUUAAUGAACUCUGCGCGCGGGAGUUGUUGCAGCGGGGGGCCCGGCUGGCGUUCCUCCAAGCCCCCGUCCGCUUGGCUUUCCCUGGUUCUGGUCCCUGGGACUGAUGAAUGAAUCAUGAGGUGGCUGCUGGUAAGGCAUUUAUCUGGGGCAGACGGCACCGCAGCCUUCUGCCUUCGCACGGUGGGGUGAAGCGGGCGGGAGAGCGCGACCUGCUUUUCCUGGCCAGCUCCGGGACCUGCCGCCGACCCCAAUUGCCAGCUUUGCCCGCCAGCCCCUUGGGUCCUGCAGCAGAAGAACCGCGGCUUUCCAUGGCUCCUGAGGAGAUGCCUCAGAAUUCCACUGCUGCUUUGGUCCCAGCUCCAACAUCUGCUUCCUCCACGGGGAACGAGUUCCAUGUUUCAUCAGCUAAGCACAACAGCAUUUUGCACUGACUGCUCCUUCCUCUCCACAUGGCCUUUCUACUAGUGUCAGCAUACCUUCUGCUGACUCCUGCUCAGGCUGCUCCAGUUGAAAAUGGGGCUCUCGUGGAGAUGCUGACGCCACAAGUCCUACUCAGCAAUAAGAGUGAACACUAUUUAGCACAAGUGAGACCUCCUGGCACAAGCAGACAAAUACCUCAGACAAUUAUCAUUGGCGUGCGUAAAGGAGGGACCAGGGCCUUACUCGAAAUGUUGGAUGUUCACCCAAACAUUGUGGUAGCAGCUACCGAAGUCCAUUUUUUUGACUGGGAUGAAAAUUACGUGAAAGGAAUUGACUGGUAUAGAAGCCUGAUGCCAUUUUCAUAUGAAAAUCAAAUAACUAUUGAGAAAACACCAGGCUAUUUUACCUCACCACAGGCUCCCGAAAGGAUUCAUGAUAUGAAUAGCUCUAUUAAACUGCUGCUUAUUCUAAGAGACCCCACAGAGAGAGUUAUCUCUGAUUACACCCAAGUCUAUUACAAUAGACUGGAAAACCACAAGUCUGUUCAGCCCUUUGAAGACAUUGUUAUAAAAAACGGAGCCCUUAAUACCAAAUACAAGGCUAUCCAGAGAAGCCUGUAUGACAUCCAUAUGGGGAGAUGGCUUAAAUAUUUCCACUUGGAUCAGAUUCACAUAGUUGAUGGGAAUACCUUGAUCAGAGACCCUCUUCCUGAAUUGCAAAAAGUGGAAAGAUUCCUUAAUCUGCCUUCCAAAAUUUUGUCUUCAAAUUUUUAUUUUAACCAGACCAAGGGCUUCUAUUGCAUUAGGAGUGAUGGAAGAGAGAGAUGUUUGCAUGAAUCAAAAGGGCGCCCACAUCCUGUGGUCAAUAGUACUGUCUUAGAGCAACUUUACUCCUACUUCAGAGAGCACAAUGAAAAAUUUUAUAGAAUGAUUAAUCAUUCUUUUGACUGGCAUUAGUAACUCUGAUUUUGAAGAAAAGGGUUUCCUUGUAAACGGUCCUCAGAUAAAUUAUUUUCAAGUUCUUCCUGUUAAAUUCUGGGUUGCAUUCAUUUUGAUAAGAAGAUGGUUAUUUUCCUCCUUGUGAGAGAGUCCAGGCAUGAGUUAGUGUGCUCAAGAAAGAUAGGCUUAACUUUGGCUUUUAAUUACCAUGGGAAUGAACUUUGCACCAGCUCAAAGUCCCCUGACCUCAUAACUCAGUGGAGUUAUGUGAGAACUACACUUACAUUGUCUCUUUUUAUUCAGAUUUAUGAACAAAAGAAGCUUCGCAGAAAACCACUUUAACUGAUGCUUUAAAAAUGUAUAGCUGAAAUGUUACUAUUCUACUUACAGGUUUUGUUGGCUGCUGUUAUUUUUCUAUCCAGCUCCAUGACGUGGGACUGAUUUUUAGAUCUUUUCAUACUGUAAGAUAAUUAUAUAUUAGAAGAAAAGAUGACUUAGUGGUUCCAUUAUAUCAUUUUAUUUAUUCAGUGAAAUUAUAACUGUAAAGUAUAUGCCAUUUAAAUACCAAAAGUGAGUUUAAACAGUUUUGGUUUAUGUUAUGGGUCCCUCCAUGUAGAAUAUUUGUAAUCAGUAACACAGUUAUUAUUCACAUAGGUUUUUUAAAAUUAAAAUUAUUAAGCUUUUAAUAUUCCCAAUUGAAGCAAGAAAGCUCUAAAGUAACCCACUAUACCCAGUAGACAUCAGGAAUUUUAAGCUGUAUUCUUAGACAUCAUAUCAAUUAUGUAAUCAUAUAAUCAUAUAAAUUAUGAUUAGAUGAUUAAUCGUAUAAAUUGUAUGAGCCAGCCUUCAUAAAUGCAUAAUUAUUAGUCUUGUUUGUAUUUUGUAAUCACUUGUUCCAAUAGUUUAUUAAUUAAUAGUGUUAAUUUGGCACAUUUAUGGAAAAAAAAUUGCCUGCUCUCCAAAGUGUGGAAUAAUUUUUUGUAAUAUCUAUUUAAAAACCAGAUGUAUUCAAGUGCAGAGUAACUUUAUGUGGUACUGUAUACUAUUCACACAAUAUUCAAAAUAAUCAAGUAUGGGUUUCUGAUUUAUCUAUAAAACUAUAAAAUCUA